AUGGAUGUAAUAAAGAAAUUGACGUAUGGGCUGAAUUUAAAAAAUAACGAUUUGAUGAGUUUAAAAGAAGAAAAUUUAAAGCCAUUAAAAAAUAUAAUAAAUAUAAAUACUGCUUCAGUAUUAAAUAUAAAUAAUAGUAAAAAAAAAGGGAUAAUAAAAGAUUGCGAAUCUAUAAAUUUUUCAAAAUUUAAAAAAAAUGAAAAGUUAGUGAAUAAAUAUAUGAAGGAAAAUGACAUAAACAUCGAGUAUUUUAAUUUGAACAGAGUUGUGAUUCCUAUUCGUUUUUUUAAUGACAUAGCUGAUUGUAUUGAAAGUACAAAUUAUGAUAAUAACAAACUUUUUCAAAAUGUGGAUAAAUCUGACAAUAGUUCUUGUCCAAAAGUGAAUAAAGAAAACAUUUGUGAUAAUAUUAUUUCAGAAAAUGAUGAAAGCCUUUUAAAAGUUGAGAUGAAUAAUAUUAAUGAAAAUAUAGAAAUAAGAAAUAAAAAAAUAAAAAGUGAAGAAAUAAAAAAACUUAUGAAUACAAUAAAAAAUACAUUAUAUUUUGAAUAUCCAACAUCUAUUCAAAAAAUAUGUAUACCUUCAAUUUUAAAUGGAUUUAAUACAAUUUGUAUUUCGCAAACUGGAAGUGGUAAAACAUGUGCCUUUUUGAUUCCACUUCUUCUAAAAUUAAUUAGUUAUGACAAUGUAAACAAUAAUGAUGAUAAUAAUGACAAAAGCCACGAUUUGGUUUACUUUCGAAGCCUUGUAAUAGUCCCAACUGUCGAAUUGGCUAUCCAAAUUUAUGAACAUGCAAUAAUUUUAUUUGAGUCGUUCAGAAAAUUUAAUAUAAUUAAUCUUCAAAAUAAAGAAAUUGAAAUUAACAAAAACGUUGAUGUAUGUAUUUGUACACCCUUAGUACUUUUACAGUUAUUGGAAAAAGAAAAAAAAAUAAGUUUACAAAAAUGUUUUUAUAUCGUUUUUGAUGAAGUAGAUAAACUUUUUGAAAUAAAAUUUUUAGAGCAUGUUAACUGUUUGCUAAAUAAAAUAAAAAAUAUAAAAAUUCAAAAAAUAUUCACAACAGCUACAUUGCCAGGAAAAGUCAAAUCAUUUAUAAAUACAUUAUGUGUAAAUUAUACUAUUGUUUAUUUUGGUAAAAAUAUAAAUACAAUAAAUAAUAAUAUUAAACAGGAGUUAAUAUAUAUAAAUAGUGAAGAUGAUAAAUUUAUUGUUUUAAAUAAUUUGAUAAAAAAUAAAGAAAUACAUAUACCAGUUUUAAUUUUUACAGAUAGUAUAGAAAAAUGUAAAUAUGUUUAUAAAAAUUUGAUAAAAUCUAUGACAAGUAUUAAUACAAAUAAUAUAAAUUAUACUUCUUAUAUUGAAACAUUAACUUCUGAUAAAUCAAAAGAGGAAAGAAAUAAAAUAUUUCAGAAACUUAAAUCUGGAAAUAUAUGGUAUCUCAUUUGUACUGAUGUUAUGAGUAGAGGUAUAGAUAUAAAUGGGAUUGAAACAGUUAUAAAUUAUGAUGUAUGUUAUGAUAAAUAUAAUUAUAUUCAUAGAAUUGGCAGAGUUUGUAGAUCAGAUAAUAAAAAAGAAGGUAAAGCAAUUACAUUUUUUACUAAAAAUAAUAUUAAAUAUAUGAAUGAUAUUAUACGAUUUGUUAAAAAUAGUGGAACCCAAAUUCCAGAAUAUUUAGAAAAUUUUAGAUUUGCCCCAACACCGAAAUUUAAUAACUUUGCUAUGGCUCACCAGAAAGGAAAAGGCAAAAAUAAAGAAAAGCUUGACAAAAAAAAAAAAAAAAUAAGCAGAAAAAUAAGCAAAAAAAAGAAAGAAAAAAAAAAAACACAAUAG